AUGACCAAAGAAGAAUGGCAGCUGGUGCUGGCGCCCAAACUGACGGGGACCUGGGAUCAUCAGAACAAGCUACUUCAGGAGAUGGACCUCUUUGCCCUAUCCUCCUCUCUUAGUGGCAUGAUCUUCGUUAUGGGCCAGUCACAGUACAACGCUUGCAUUUCCAUUGAUCUUGGCCUCGUUACUUCCGUCGAGGGCUUUGUUGUGCUUCAUGAGGAAGAGUUGUACAGUGUCGUGGACUAG